UGAAUAAUUAAAAUAAAUUCAUACACCUAUUUUUUUUUUCAAUUACAUUCAAUCUAUUUCGCGUUAUUCUAAAUACACGCGAAAAUAAAAAGUUUACUUUAAUGAACUUUUAUUUCACAAUUUUUUUCUUGUCUCUAUGAUCUAAAUUGCUACAAGCCGACAAAUGGACAGUGCGUGUGACGUUUCACGGCACGGGGUCCUGCCCGCGCUGCAGUCGUCGACGCGCCGCGUUACGUUGCGUAGUUUUUCCGAGCGGGCACGUCACAGGGUGAGAUCGGCAGCGAAGGUUGCGCCCGUGACCGCGCCCGCCGCCGCCGCCGCCGCCGCCCGCCGCGUGUCGCCUGCCCGUCGCACAGUAUCGCGUCGCGCUCGCUACUUCACGGUCCUCGACCCAGGAGCCUAGAGACCUCGAGAGGUCACCACUACUCCAGUGAACCACGUCGUGAGUGAUGUGUGCGAGCCCGCUGACAUGUGCGAGCGAGUGAGUGUUGUGAAAUGCGCGAGAGGUGACCGACGGCGCCCGCCCGCCAGACCAUAGCUAUGUGGACUCUCUUAAUCCCCAUACUGGCCCUAAUCGGGCUGGGCGGUGGGGCCACUUUCGCACCCCACAAGGAGCUACUCGAGUGCGCGAGCCAGAUCCUGUACAUGGACCAGCAUAUGUACCAAAUCCCCACAGACUACAACAGGAACACACCACCCGGAAAAAACACUACAGUAUACAUCGGCGUGAGCGUCAACAGAGUGUCUGGAGUCGAUGAGAACAAAGGGGAGAUCACACUGGACGUUUUCCUGCAAGUUUCGUGGGAGGAGCAGCGGCUCCACGUGCCGAAGAAUUCCCCAUUCAUCGACCUCCCGUGGGAGUACCGCCAGCUGAUCUGGACCCCGGAUCUGUACAUAUGGCAGCUGCAGACCAUGAAGAUCCUGUCGGUACUGCAGGAAAUGGCCUCCUUGAGGCUCUACUCCAACGGGACCGUCUCUGUCAGUAUUGGUGCCACAAUCACAAUCAAAUGUGAGAUGGAUUUCGUCUUAUACCCUCUAGAUGUACAAAACUGCGACAUAGAUUUUAGUAGUUACAAGUACACAACGCAAGAUGUGCGGUUUGAGUGGCGCGAAGUAGCGCCAUGGCUGGGCCUCGGUUUAGUUGGAGAGCACAGGAACCAGUAUCGCCUUCCGAAAUACGUGGUUACCUUCGCCACUGACAAAAGUAAUCAUAUUCGCAAUUUUGGUGAAGGCGAGCAUUCAGCAGCUCGUCUCCAAAUCAAGCUGUCUAGGGAGCUACGGAGCUACCUCCUAGAGAGCUACCUGCCGUCUUCCCUGUUCGUCAUCAUCUCUUGGGGCAGCUUCUGCGUCAUCCCAGAGAUCGUUCCUGGGCGUAUGGUGCUUCUAGUCACCACACUCCUUUCACUAGUUACGAUGUUCGACACCGUCAGCACAAACUCCCCUGACGCGUUAGAGCUCAAAUGCAUCGAAGUGUGGCUGAUCUCGUGCACGAUAUUCGUGUUUCUCGCGCUGCUGGAAUAUUUCGUAGUGUUGUUCGGCAUCCGGUACGACAAGAACUGGAGCCGGCGACGGCAGGACAUACGCAGGGCGGCGUCUGCCGCGCAGCUGGCACCGCCGCCCUUGCAUAUGAACCAUAAUCAGAGAUUGAGUACGCCAGUAACGGGUACACCUCAAGGCGGUGUCUUCAGCCCACAACUGAGCGUCGAAGAUGAGGGACUAAAACAACAAUUCUCUCACCAGACAAUACAAAGGUCGUCCCAGUCGGGCAAAAGGAAUUGGAGACAAAAUAAGAUUGGAUGUGAAACGAGAUCCGUCAGCAAGGAUUCGCCAAUAUUUGACACGAUGCCUCCAGGGGACAGGCCGACUAAUUUCAUGGCGCGAAUGGCAGCGAUGGCGGAUCGAGGCGUUAUGUUUUGUGGCGCCCAACAUGGGACUUUAGAUAGAUUCGCCUUGAUACUUUUCCCUUUAUGCUUUGUCCUAUUCAACAUUAUCUAUUGGACCACGUACCUCAGUGAAGCGGCUCAAAAUAAGUGAGUGUAAUCAAAAAAAUACACUUUAGUGUGUGUGUAAGUGUAAGUGACACUCUAAUUUUAAGGUAAACAUCACACAUGUGAUUCGAGUGCCUCAGACAAUAUUAACUUAGGUAAUUGUGAUUAUUUUGUAAAUAUUGGACAAUUUGCUAGUCGACUUUACAAAUAGUUGUUUGACCCCGCAACACACAUUAUGUUUUUAAUGUUCAAAUCGCUAACUUGUUUAUGUAACGACUUUUGAGUGAUAAUGUAAAGUAAGUGCUUAUACCUUCCUAAAUCCAAUUCCAGCUAAUGAAGGGCUUAUUUGGAAGUUUCAGUUUCAAUGAGUAAUUACAUAUUAUUCACACUAAGGACAUCCAAUCUUAGAUUAAAACAAAAAGGGAAGAUACGGCACUCGCGGCUCAAAAUUGUGGUUACAUACAAUAAUUCGAUUUAGUUACAAUUGAACAUUCAAACACGCUGCAUGUGCAUUCAAUAUAACAAUAUUGCGUAUAUUCUGUUUUAUACAGAUAAAACAAUGCCUUCGAUGUUUUUAUAAAGAAAACAUAUAGUUCAAAGUUCAAUAACAAAUGCCUAGGCAACACUUUUCAUUCGUAAAACUGUAAAAACAUUUUUUUCUCAAAAGGCACUGUUUGUCGUGAAUGUUUUGAACGUAAUCGCCAUUUUGUUAUCAAGAAAAGGACAACAAUACAGGUCAGCCGUACAGACUCGGAAGCGGACUCGCCGUUUCGCUCGCGCUGCGUCGAAGCGUACAGUUCUAUCUCGCUCGCUCGAUUGAAUGUAUACAGAAUUGUGCGUGUGUGAGAGUUACUUAUGUAGUUGAGUCGGAUCAUAUUUUAUUUGAUGCUAGUAUGAGCGUAAGGUAUCUUCCUUUUUUGUUUUAAUCUAAGCAUCCAAUAAAUGAAAGUACUCUCUACAGUGAUUUAAGGUUCUCAAAUAGAGACGGUACGACCAAUAAAAUAUGUUUAUCUUUUCUAUCUUAUACUUGAUUGGUAUCAUAUAAUUGAAAGUGCCUUUUCUAAUUUUGAACAAUCUACACAUAGGCUGACAUUAAAAUUAACCAGUUUAUACAACUAUAAAACAAAUAAUCAAACGCAAUGAAAAUUUUGUAUCCAUGCGUUAGACAGACGGACUAGACUUUGAAAUAAAAAAAUAUGAGUGUAAUAGUAUAUCUAAAUAUGUGCGUAACUGUGAUUUUAAAAUAACCCAAAAAAACUGUUUAUAUCAUGACUUGUAAGUACCUAUUGGUGAUGUAAUGAUUGACUUAACAAAUAAAUAAUCGAGGGGACCAUAAUGGCACUGCUCGUAGAUAGAUAUACAUAUCUCAAACGUUAGGCAGGUACUCUAUGUUUUAGUGGUACCUUACUACCCCUCGUUUACACCAAGGUAUAAUAGAUAUUUAUAACAAUUUUUAUACAAUGUCUUAUUUUUUUGUUCACACACACAUGUAUAAAACAUGAAGUAGGUACAAUACAUGUUGGAUACACAAAAUAUGUGAAGUAAAUAGUGAUUUAUACUUGUAAAGAUACUCGUUGUCUAUGCAGUGUAAACGCAAGAAUGUCACAACAAGUAUUCUACAAGUUUUGUGUAUAACUAGUAUAUGAUUUGUUUCUAGGUGUAUACGAGGGAUUAAAGUUACAAUAGAAGUGUUAACCCAAAAAACUUACAAUUAUGGCACAUUAUGUGACAACUCAAUUACAUAUCUGGGUAAAACUGUACUUCCAGAGCCCAAGAGGUGAUACUCGAACAAGGUCUCUUGCAAAAAAGGUCUCUUCUAAAAAAGUUGUUGUUUUCUGGCGAUUCGCCGGCCGCUGCCGCGACACGCUCGCUUCGCUCGCUCGGCUUGCGCGUUAUGGUCACAACACUAACCUAACCUAACCUAGUGUGAAGUAUCACCACUUGGGCCCUGGAAGUACAGUUUAGCCCAUAUCUGUGCCCCUAGCACGAAACAAUAGUGAA